CUGCUACCUGGAUGGCAUCUGCUCCGUCCGUACUUCCUUCUUAUUACCGCAUGCAAGCCACACUGCAAGGCCCCACGCCCUACGGCCCAGGCCACCCAGGUUCAUAGCUUCGGCCGUAGAUUCCCAGUCUCAGCAUCUGCCGACAGAAGGGCAGCCAGGCCCUAAAUCUGUCCCAUCUGUCCCGGCAGCACAAGUCAGUCGCCCGUCAUUCGCCCGCUGAGGCCCCCAGUCCCAGCUCCACGGCAAGGGCAACCGGCGGGGCAUACUUCUGCUCUGGGGGCGGUAGCUGCCCAGCCAACAAGCUCCAUCUCUGACAGGAGUCCCGACCUUCAGGCCUCUUCUUGUAAGUGCCGAGGGUCCACACCCUGUCACAGCCUCCACAUCUCCCGACGCCGGCUCCGACCGAAUGACCCAACCUCAACACAGGCGGCCCGGAUUGUCUCGCGACCUCCAACUCUUGCUCCUGACCUCAAGACACUGCCUUGUUCUUACUUGCCUCUCGUCUCGCAGCUCGUCCACAGGGCUUUGACCAAGCCAUCGUCCUGCGCCUUGAUCCUUUGUCGUCGCAGGAGCUCGACUUACCGCUCGCCACAUCUGCCCCUGCUUGCAAAUCCUCACCAGAGCCGCUUACUAGAUCUGGGAAGAUAUCUUUUCCGCCCUCACCCCAACCGGACACGGCCCGGCCUAUACAGCCAAAACACCUCGAGCAAGGCAUCCUCAUCAGGACACAGCAAGACCACGCCCUCACGAGCGCUUAAGCAACUCUCGUGAGAAAGGCUCCAGGGAACCCUUUACAUCCCUUAUGUUGGGAUGCCCGAGGCACCGUCAUGACCGUCCAAGAUGCCUUGACGUCUGCCCCGCCAAAUGAGCGCCUCUUCCACCCGGACGCAUCCAUCGUCCUGGUGGGCUGCCGCGGCGCCGGCAAGCGCUCCCUUGGCUUCAUCGGUGCCCUUCAUCUGCGUCGCCGCCUGAUCACCGAGGACUUCUACUUCCAGCAGGUCACCGGGCUCACUCGCAUGCAGUUCCUCACCCAAAAGGGCAAGGAUGAGUUCAACCGCCGCAACGAUGAGGUCUUCAAGCGCAUGCUCGACGACAAUCGUCACAAGUCAAUCAUCGAGUGUGGGAUGAGCAGUUUUUCCGAAGAGGCCCAGGACGCCCUGCGCUUGUUUGCCCAGUCAAACCCCGUCAUCUACAUACACCGUGAGAAGGAAGAGAUGCUCCGCCUUCUGGACUCGGCAGACGGAGAACGUAUCCUUCGUGCCGACCAGAGGCACAGGGCAUGUGCGAAUCUCGAGUACUUCAAUCUGUUUGACCAUUCCAACGCGAAGCCCAUAUUGGCCAGCGAUGCCUCCUCAGGCGGGUGGGACAUGCAGAUGGCCACCCCUUCCAGCCUGCUCUACGCCAAGCAGGACUUCACCCGUUUUCUUGACUUUGUCACCGGCCAGGGCCUCACGAGGCUCUUCAUCGAGAGCCCAUUUGCCGUGAGGGCCAUCCCCCCCGAGUUCAGGCAGUGCUCUUAUGCUCUGCGUCUGCGCCUGUCUUAUCUCGUCAACAUGGACCUUGAUUGGGAGGAUCUCGAGGCCAGGGGCGACUGUGUGGAGCUCAUCAUUGAUCACUGGCCAGAGGAUAUCAUGAACCAGAUCGCAAGGAUCGUGGCCCAGAUACGGAGGAAACUUGUGGUUCCAAUAAUAUACCACGUCGAAGAAAACCCGAGAGAGGAGCGGCGUAGACCCCCUCAGGAGAAGGCCAAGGUCGACACCGAGCUCCUGGAGCUUGGCCUCCAGCUCGGUGUCGAUUACCUGAGCCUGGACCUGCAGAGGAAGGAUAUCCCCUUGCGAAGGAUACUUGCCCGUCGCGGUCGGUCAAAGAUAAUGGGUAACUACUGGAAUGUUGGGUUGAUGUGCACGCCCUGGUCGAGCGAAUCUCAUGUACGGGACUACCAACAUGCCAAGGAUCUCGGAUGCGACCUUGUGCGCAUGGUUCGCUUUUGCUCCGGCGACAGCACGCCCGAGAUGCUCCAGGAAUUCAAGGACAAGAUUGCCGCCACCAUACCGGAUCCAAAACCGCCCCUUGUAGGAUACGACUUCUCAGUUCUCGGCAUCAGGACGCCCCUUCAGUCACGCAUAUUAACACCGGUGAAACACCCCGACAUGGAUAACGAUCGGGAGCACCUCGCCACCGUCUGCACCGCCAGCAACUCCUUCGAGGGCCUAUUCCGCCAGUUCGAGCUCGAACCUUUACAGUUCUACACUGUAGGCGCAAAUGUGUCUUACUCGCUUUCUCCGUGCAUGCAUAACACGGCUUACGAGUUUGCUGGGAUGCCACAUAACUUCUCCGCAGAAACAUGCUCUACAAUGGAAGACCUUAACAAGAUAUGCAGCGAUCCCUCGUUUGGAGGGGCCUCUUUAGCAGCGCCUUUCAAGGUAGCCAUUGUGCCUCACCUGAAAUUAAAAAGCCACCACGCCACCGUCAUUGGCGCCGUCAAUGUUUUGUUACCGCUGCGCGGCAAAACGAAUUUCAUCCUAGACCACGCUAACUCGCGGAACAAGGCGGGCCAUACAAACGACUUUUAUGGUGAUAAUACCGACUGGCAGUCCAUAUUCACCUGUCUACAGAGGAACAUUAGCCCACGGAACUACGUCCGGCCCUCCAAGACGACAGGGCUGGUAAUCGGAGCCGGAGGACAGGCCCGAGCCGCCAUCUAUGCCAUGAUCCAGCUCGGCUGUCGAAACAUAUUCAUCUUUAACCGGACCGUCCAGAACGCACAGCUUGUGGCCGACCACUUCAACCUAUGGGCCCAGAAGCAGGGCAUGGCCCCUGGGAAGGGAGGCAUCUCUCAAAUCUGCCACGUCCUGCCAUCCAUUUCUGGCGCGUGGCCAGAGGGUUUUGAGCAGCCGACAAUGAUUGUGUCCUGCGUGCCCGCCACAAGCGCCCAGGGCAGCCUGCCGGCAGACUUCGAGAUGCCCAUGCAGUGGCUGGCAAGCCCGACUGGAGGCGUUGUGCUAGAACUGGCUUAUGAGCCCCUCAUUACACCCCUCGUGGCCCAGCUGCAGGUUUACAGAGACACUGUUAAUCCCUCGUGGGUAGUGGUCGACGGCCUCGAGAACGUGAGCGAGAUGGCCAUCGUAGCCUUCGAGCUGAUGACGGGGCGGGUGGCGCCCAAGAGACUAAUGAAGGAGGUGUGCCGGAAGACAUGGGAGCAGCAGAAGAGGGAGAUGUCGUCGAUGUCCUAAAUCAGCGGGCGAGGUUUAUCCGUGGCCAAAGAUGCCACGCACCCGAUUAUGCGGGAGCCGCCUUGUAGCUGGGGCAAUUUCCUGACUAAUUUUUGGUAUCUUCCGGGUCUUGGACAAUAUAUAUCUGCUUACAUGCAAAGUUGCCACAGCGACUGGGCUAUUCAACUGGAAAUGGUUGAGACGGGAAGCCCUCGAGAUUUUAAUAGUAGAGAAUGGAUGCUUGUGCAUUUGACCGGCUCCAGUAGUCACAUGUGGCGCAUUGUUGAGGUACAUUCAAUUCUUGUGAUAUCCGC